AUGGAUGUGUCACCUUAUUAUAUUAGUAUAAUAAAUAAAUAUCUUAGUCAAUACGAUAUUUAUGAAUUGGUUGAGUUAAAGCGAAAGAUAAAGAAUCGUAAUAAUGCUAAUAAUCUGAAUUCUGUCUCAAUGUUGAGAACUAUUAAUAACUUACUAGUUAAUCAGA